ACAAAGAUGCCCUCAAGGGCAUGGCUGAGUGAGAGUGAGUGAGGAAGACGUUGAUUGCUGAAUGCUGUUACACUGAGUGUAAGACCAUAGCUCCAUUUCCAUGAUCUGAACAAAGAACAUGAAGAACAAGACCCAAACCCUCCCUCUUUUCUUCUUCCUCCUCUUCUUCAACCACGUCUAUUCCUGGAAGAAAGAAGAGUUCCGAACCUGCCACCAAACCCCUUUCUGCAAACGCGCCCGAUCCCGAACCUCAUCCACUUCCACCCCUCUCGUCGCCACUGACGUCACCAUCUCCGACGGAAAUCUCAUUGCCAAACUCGUCGCUAAAUCCAAACAAGAAGAAACCCAACAAAACACAAACCCUUUACUCCUCUCUCUCUCCGUAUACCAAAACGGCGUCGUUCGCGUAACCAUCGAUGAGGACCAUUCCCUCAACCCUCCCAAGUCCCGCUUCCACGUCCCCGACGUCGUCGUUUCGGAGUUUCAAAGCACAAAGCUAUGGCUCCAGCGCGUCACGCAGGAAACCCUAGACGGUGACGAUUCUCCUUCCUCCGUCGUCUAUGUCUCUGAUGGAUUUGACGCCGUGCUCCGCCACGAUCCCUUCGAGGUCUUUGUUCGAGAUAAAUCGAAUGGGAACACUCGUGUCGUGUCUAUGAACUCUCACGGAUUGUUUGAUUUCGAGCAAUUGAAGGUGAAAGGCGAAGGCGACGAUUGGGGAGAGAGUUUCCGAAGUCAUCACGAUAAGCGACCUUACGGUCCUCAGUCGAUUAGCUUCGAUGUCACGUUUCAUGGCGCGGAUUUUGUGUAUGGAAUCCCUGAACAUGCCACGAGCCUCGCGUUGAAGCCGACGAAGGGGCCUGGUGUGGAAGAAUCUGAACCAUAUAGGCUAUUCAAUUUGGAUGUUUUCGAGUACAUUCAUGAUUCACCUUUCGGCCUAUACGGAUCAGUUCCGUUCAUGCUUUCGCAUGGGAAGCAGAGGGGGAGUUCUGGUUUUUUCUGGUUGAAUGCUGCUGAAAUGCAAAUCGAUGUUCUUGGAUCGGGCUGGGAUGCGGAGAAUGGGAUUUCGAAGCUGCCCAAGAACCGGGUUGAUACGCUUUGGAUGAGUGAGGCUGGUGUUGUGGAUGCGUUUUUCUUUGUUGGUCCUACCCCUAAGGAUGUGCUGAAGCAGUACACGAGUGUAACGGGGAUGCCGGCGAUGCCACAAUUGUUUUCGACAGCUUAUCAUCAGUGUAGGUGGAACUAUAGGGACGAGGAGGAUGUGGAGCAUGUGGAUUCUAAGUUUGAUGAGUUUGAUAUACCUUAUGAUGUGUUGUGGCUUGACAUCGAGCACACUGAUGGGAAGAAGUAUUUUACUUGGGACAAUGUGCUGUUCCCUAACCCUGAGGAGAUGCAGAGGAAGAUUGCUGCGAAGGGCAGGCACAUGGUUACCAUUGUGGAUCCUCAUAUUAAGCGCGACAAUUCAUUUCCUUUGCACAAGGAGGCAACUGAGAAGGGGUAUUAUGUUAAGGAUUCUAGUGGCAACGACUAUGAUGGAUGGUGCUGGCCUGGCUCGUCUUCGUACCUCGAUAUGUUGAGCCCAGAGAUUAGGUCUUGGUGGGGUGAUAAGUUCUCUUAUCAGAAUUAUGUUGGUUCAACUCCUUCACUCUAUAUAUGGAACGACAUGAACGAGCCUUCGGUCUUCAAUGGUCCUGAGGUGACAAUGCCUAGAGAUGCUUUACACAUCGGAGGUGUGGAGCACCGUGAGGUGCACAAUGCCUAUGGAUACUACUUCCACAUGGCAACAUCUGAAGGGCUGGUAAAACGUGGUGAUGGGAAAGACAGGCCAUUCGUUCUGUCGAGAGCAUUAUUUGCUGGAACUCAAAGGUACGGAGCAAUUUGGACUGGGGACAACACUGCCGAGUGGGAUCACCUAAGAGUUUCUGUUCCAAUGGUUUUGACCCUUGGUCUUGCUGGGGUGUCAUUCUCUGGUGCUGAUGUUGGUGGCUUUUUUGGGAAUCCUGAGCCCGAAUUAUUGGUUCGGUGGUAUCAGCUAGGAGCUUUCUAUCCUUUCUUUAGGGCCCAUGCUCAUCAUGAUACCAAAAGACGAGAACCAUGGUUGUUUGGAGAACGAAAUACAGAGUUGAUUAGGGAUGCAAUACAUGUUCGCUAUGCACUGCUUCCAUAUUACUAUACAUUAUUCAGGGAGGCUAACACUACUGGUGUUCCUGUUAUGCGUCCAUUGUGGAUGGAAUUCCCAUCUGAGGAAGCUACCUUCAGCAAUGAUGAAGCUUUCAUGAUUGGAAACAGUCUAUUAGUGCAGGGGAUAUACACUGAGCGAGCUAAACAAACUUCAGUGUAUUUGCCUGGAAAAGAAUCCUGGUAUGACUUUAGAACCGGAAAUGUAUACAAGGGAGAGGCAACACACAAGUUGGCUGUUACAGAAGAGAGCAUUCCUGUCUUCAUGAGAGCUGGAACCAUUAUAACAAGGAAAGACCGAUUUAGGAGAAGUUCCACUCAGAUGACAAAUGAUCCUUAUACUCUGGUAAUAGCUCUAAAUAGUUCUCAAGCAGCCGAAGGUGAACUAUACCUUGAUGAUGGCAGCAGCUUUAAUUUUCUGCAAGGUGCCUAUAUCCACAGGCGUUUCAUUUUCAAAGAUGGCAAGCUUACAUCUUUAGACCUCGCACCUGCUUCCAAUGGCAAUGCUCGGUAUCCAGUAAACACCGUUAUUGAGAGGAUUAUUCUGUUAGGACAUGCUUCUGGUUCAAAGAAUGCUCUGGUUGAACCUUCAAAUCAGAAGGUUGAUGUUGAACUCGCUCCAUUCUGGGUUCAAAGGAAAAACUCACCAGCAGUAAUGACCAUUCGCAAGCCUAAUGUCCGUGUCACCGAUGAUUGGACUAUAAAAAUUUUGUGAUGCAAUCAAAGUUACUUUGAGGUGAGGAAUCUAAUCCCCAAUCAUCAAUCUUGGAGGGCAAAACCAAAUUUGCCCUGUUUCUGUAGCUAUGCUUAUAGAAGUUGAGGCAAGAAAGGGAAACAAGUCAACAACAUUCUUGAAGAAUGUCUGCACCAAAUUCAGUUUCCUUGUUUAAUGACGUAGGAUUUGAUAACCUUUUGAGACACCGUUGUUUUCUACGAGAAUCAGUUUGAUAAGGAAAAUUUUUCAUCCUC